AUGUCUGGGAGAAAUCGGGGACCUCCUCUGCCGAUGAAAGGUGUACCUCACCCAGCACUCCCACCCGCUGCUGUACACGAGUCCCGCUUUGGCAGGGGACUUGGACCAAUGCCGCCUCAUCCAGGUUUAUUAGACGAAAUUAGAGAAACCCAGUUUGGGAUGGACCCCAGGCGGCUUCCUCCUCAUCCUCUCAUGUUUGAGGAUCGUCUUGCAGCCCAACACCAAGAUAUUCAAGUUUUAUUAGCUGACAACCAGCGGCUAGCUGCAACCCAUGUUGCGUUAAAGCAGGAAUUGGAAGCUGCGCAACAUGAGUUGCAAAGGAUGGCACAUUUUGCGGAUGCAUUUCAUGCCGAGAAGGAUGUUCAAAUGAGGGAAUUGCAUGAGAAGUCUGUGAGGAUGGAGAUGGAUCUUCGUGGGGUGGAAGCUAUGCGGAAUGAGCUUCGUCGUGUACGUGCUGAUAUUAAGGAAUUUACUGAUGCAAGGCAAGAGCUUACUGGUCGGGUGCAGGUGAUGACUCAAGAUUUGACUAGGUAUAAUGCAGAUUUGCAACAAGUGCCAGCAGUGAAGGCUGAAAUUGAGAGUAUGAAGCAGGAACUACAGCGUGCACGAGCUGCCAUCGAGUAUGAGAAGAAAGGCUAUGCGGAGAAUUACGAGCAUGGUGUUGUCAUGGAGAAAAAAUUGGUUGCCAUGGCUCGGGAGAUGGAGAAGCUUCGGGCAGAGAUUGCUAAUGCAGAGAAGAGAGCUCGUGCUGCUGCUGCUGUGGGAAAUCCAGCUUAUAAUGCAAAUUAUGCCAAUCCUGAAACUGGAUACACAGCAAAUCCUUAUCAGGCUGUUUAUGGCAUGAAUCCCGUGCAUGCUAAUGCUGAAAAUUUUCCUCAGUAUGGAGCUGGACCUGGUUCCUGGGGUGCAUAUGAUAUACAGCGAGCUCAAGGACCCAGAUAG